CCAACCUUUAAUAGACAACAAUAGCGAGGAAAUGGAUAGCCUAGAGGAGCUGUUAGAAGAAUUAGAAUUCGAAGAAAAAGAGUUAGAAGAGUAUGAAACAUACUACUCUGAAGAGUUUGAGUUGGAUAAUACCAAAGAAGAAAUAGUAAUUAGAGAUGUGAGGUAG